UCAUUUGACUUUCGUUUUCGCUUUUACAACAGCAUGGAUUCACUGCCGGGUCGAGUACCGAACGAGAAACGAUACUUUUAAAAAUCGAAAUAUUCGCGGAUUCAUUUAUUGUAUACAGUGUCGCCUAAACGCAAGACGACGAGGAUGACACGGACACGGAAUGCAGCUCCGAUUCUUCUAGCGCUGAGUGUCGUCGUAGGUAUUUCGGGUGAACCUAUUCUUGGUUUAAUAAAUGGGACUGUGACAUUUGAACUGAAACUUGAUGAAAUUCCUAAAGAGAUCACCUGGAAAUUUUAUGAAGAUAAAGUAUGUGAAAUAGACUCUACCAGUGAUGUUUGCUUUUUGUCCUAUAAUGGUCGAGCCAACAUAAACAAAGAUAAUGGAUCUCUUACAAUUUCAAACUUACAAAAUAAUGAUACAGGGAAAUAUACUGCAGAAAUACAUCAAACUACUGUAAAAGAAUUCACAUUUGAGCUGGAAGUACUUGGAAAGGUUUCAAGACCGAACAUAACCUGCAAUGGAAGUGAAUACCAGGCAACUUUAUUCUGUGAGACAAGUGGUGAUAAGUAUACCACACUGAAGUGGGACCAAGAUGAACAAAGUGUACCAGCCAGCCAUGGUCAAAUUUCUUUGGCUAUUGUCAAAAGGAGGGGUUCUCAUUACACUUGCAUUUCAAGCAACCGUGUAAGCAAAGCAAUAAAUGUUUUUGCUCCUGAGGAAUGUUUUUUAAAAUGUUGCCAUUCACAUAUAGGUCUAAUUCCUGCAGUGAUUUUUAUGAUUCUGAUUCCUGUAACUGCAUAUGGUCUCUUCAAAGCACUUUCCAAAAGGAGAAAAGAAGAAACACCUGAAGCUGAGAAACUGAUGAAAGAUAACGAGGAUCCAAAUACUAAUGUGACAGAACUCUUAUAUAACAAUGAGCCAAAUACUAAAGUGACAGAACCCUUAGAUAACGAGAAUCUGUAUACGUAUGUGACAGAACAACCCUUAUAUAGCAAUGAGCUAAAUAUUAAGAUGACAAAACCCUUAGAUAACAAAGAGCUAAAUAUUAAGAUGACAAAACCCUUAGAUAACGAGGAUCCAAAUACUAAUGUGACAGAACCCUUAUAUAACAAUGAGCCAAAUACUAAAGUGACAGAACUCUUAGAUAAUGAGGAUCCGAAUACUAAUGUGACAGAACCCUUAUAUAACAAAGAGCUAAAUAUUAAGAUGACAAAACCCUUAGAUAACAAUGAGCCAAAUACUAAUGUGACAGAACUCUUAGAUAAAAAUGAGCCAAAUACUAAAGUGACAGAACCCUUAGAUAACACAGAGCUGAAUACCAAUUUGACAGCAACUUUAAAUAACGAGGUGCUGAAUGCUGAAGUGACAACACCCUUACGAAACAAGGAGCUCAAUUCUAAAGUGACAGCACCCAUAAAUAUCAAGGAAUCAAAUAGUGAAGAAUCAGGACCUUCAAAUACCAAGCAACCAAAUAGUGAAGAACCAGGACCUCCGAAACCUGCUAGAUCAUUUUGCAACAAUGAAUCAAAAGGUGAAAGGAAAUCAAAACUUAAUCAAGACAACGAUUUAGAUGAGAAGACAGAUCCAGGGAAUCCCUUUAACACAAUUGAAAGUAACAAGACACCACCAGAGGAGCACUCUAACGCAACUGCAGAUGAGAAGACAGAUCCAGGGAAUCCCUUUAACACAAUUGAAAGUAACAAGACACCACCAGAGGAGCACUCUAACGCAACUGCAGAUGAGAAGACAGAUCCAGGGAAUCCCUUUAACACAAUUGAAAGUAACAAGACACCACCAGAGGAGCACCUUAACGCAACUGCAGAUGAGAAGACAGAUCCAGGGAAUCCCUUUAACACAAUUGAAAGUAACAAGACACCACCAGAGGAGCACCUUAACGCAACUGCAGAUGAGAAGACAGAUCCAGGGAAUCCCUUUAACACAAUUGAAAGUAACAAGACACCACCAGAGGAGCACCUUAACGCAACUGCAGAUGAGAAGACAGAUCCAGGGAAUCCCUUUAACACAAUUGAAAGUAACAAGACACCACCAGAGGAGCACCCUAACGCAACUGCAGAUGAGAAGACAGAUCCAGGGAAUCCCUUUAACACAAUUGAAAGUAACAAGACACCACCAGAGGAGCACUCUAACGCAACUGCAGGUAACAAAACACCACCAGAGGAGCACUCUAACACAAGUGCAGAAAAUGAAGAAUGUUUCUAACUGAACUGAAUGAUGUAAGGACUGCGAAGUGCAGUCAAAGGUCAACCAUUGAUUUUCAGCAUGAAAAUUUACGCAUCUAUGGAAGAAGGCCAAAUGGAGACUGUUUUUAACCAGAACUUCUUGUCACUGGAAUGUGCAUAUGAAAUCCACGGCAGAAAUGAACAUCUGAUCGUGUGUUAGUUAUUUGCCAAUCACAACAUGAAGAGAACUCUUCAUUGAGGAUCUUAAACACAAGAAGAUACCUUUAAGGUUUAAUUAAUCAACAUUUGUUUGUUACAGGGUUUAGAGGUUUUGUAACAAAAAAGAAAAUGUUUUUUUCAUCAAGUAUAUUAGUUGUUAUUAAAACAAGCUGUGCAUGCAAUGUUUUUCUUGAUUUAUGUACUAAUCGAUUUCUUUUUCAUACCUACACUGAAUAUAUUCACGGGUGAGGUUAAGAUCACAGUGCUGCUGUCAGACCUAUUUACUUUCUUGCUUUACAUUCUUGCUUGAAUGUACUUGUACAAUAGACACCUAAAGAACAUCAUUCUGUUUUUCCAAAUAAAUUUUGUUAUUUAAAUUGA